AUGAAGGGGGCCCUGCGGAGGAGACUCUCCAGGGGGGAAACUUCCCCCUCGACAAGCAAACUAAACGAACGUGCAGUGACUCCCCUGAGCAGCGAACAGUGCAGGGGCGACGAGACGAAGCGGAACGAACGCUACGAGGCGCGCAUUCGAAACGUGUGUGAAGAGUUGAGACGAAUGACAGACAGGGAAGACAAGAUGAAGCACCUGAUGGAGCACCUGGUGAAAGAAAAUACAAACGGGUGGGCAGUCAGUUUUGGCGAGCCAGUGGUCAGGAAGAGCUUCACCUUAAGGGGUAAGUCCAAGCGGGGCUCUGCAGGGAGGAACUGCUUCGUUAAUGAGGUCCGGGCGGGGGUCUCCUACAGGUACGUGGAGAGGUGCAACUCGAAUUUGUUCCUGGGCGUGGAUGUAGUGGAGGCGGGAAAGGAAGCGAUAUGUAAUGCGAGUGGUGAUGCGAGUUGUCCCCCCACUGAGCAGGCUGCCCCUCCGAGCGGCCACUCACUGGAUGGGCCCCACUGGCGAAGCAUCCUUGGAGGGAAGAAGUUCUGGAUCACCGUCGACGGGUUCAGUGACAACAUCGUUUUACGUUGCUUCCUGCGGGUUCUUCUAGAGGGGCUUAAGGACCUAGACUUGGAAAGGUUCCUGAGCAUGGGGUUUGAGGGGGUGGUCAGCGAGUUGAGCUCCCUCUACACCAUCCACCAGUACCCCCGCGUGGCGCACAUGCUCAGUGGAGGGGUGGACUCCUUGAUGGCGCUGCGACUCUUGGAAAGGAAAAAAUUUUACGUCCAUAACUUUUACCUUCACUUUGCACACCAAGACUGUAGCAAGAGCGACUUGCAAUACGUCAAGCAGAUUUGUUCAAAAAGAAAAAACCUUUUCAUUGUGAACGUUAAUGAGGAAUACACCGAGCAGGUGCUGAUCCCCAUGCUGCGUAGCUACUCGGAGGGGCAAAUCCCAAACGCAGAUAUCCUGUGCAACGAGAAGGUGAAGUAUCAUUUGCUUAUGCGGACGAUGAGGAAGCUCUGCAGGGAGAGAGGCGGUGGGUGGAACUACUCCUACGUGUCGACUGGACACUACGCCAUGAUAAGCACGAAUGAUGAAGCGAAUGCGAAUAGGCUGUUCAACGGGAACUUCCCCUACGUGGGUGAUGAGCUAGAUGGGGAGAUUCCAAGAAGGGGCCCGCGCAAGAGGUACAAAUUAAUUGUGGGGAGGGAUGAGAGGAAAGACCAGACGUUCUUUUUGUCCUCCUUUUCGGAAAAGCAGCUGUCUAAGUUUUUAUUUCCUCUUUGCCUGCGUAGAAAGAGUGACGUUAAGAGGAUCAUGGAGCGGCGGGCCGCCGGGCAGUACAACCGGAGGGAGACGCGCGGCCUGUGCCUGUACGGGCGGGUGGACAUGCACUCGCUACUGGGGCUGUACUUGGGCGGGGCGGCGGUCGAGCCGGCAGGGGGGCAACCCGAGGGGGGAAGGGACUCAGUCGAGAGGGGAAAGGACUCAGUAGAGAGGGGAAAGGACUCAGUAGAGAGGGAAAGUGAUCCAAUCGAGGGGGGAAGUGAUCCAACCGAGGCAGCUCUCCCCAUAAAAGCCGCUACCCCCGCUAACCCCGCUUACCCCGCUUACCCCAACUCGGCUGCCCGCAGGCUGCAGUGGGCCAAGGACCAGCUGCACUCGCCCGAGUUCCGGGCCUUCCGGGAGAAGCACCUGCCCUCAUUCAACCUGCGCUUUAAGAAUUACAUAAUCAGCGUGGAAGACGGAACCGUAAUGGACACCAAUGAAGGGGUGCAUCUAUAUGCCAUUGGGCAGAAGAAAUACAUUACAAACCAUUUGCACCAACUUUAUAACUCGAAAGGGAAAGGGAGAGGGAGAGGGAGAGGGGGGGCGUGUGAGAAGAACGUGACAUCCUCAUGCCAGUGGACGGUCGUCUACAAGAAGAUGUUGAGGCGUGCCAGUGGGAAUGUGAAGGAGAAUUUCAUUUACGUCAGCCGGGAUUACGAGAGCGGGUUGUUUCGGCAGCUCCGCGGGCGCUGCAGGUUGGGGGCCUUUCGCUGGGUGGCCUCCGCCCCCCCGUCCCACCUGGGGGAGGCGGAAGCGGAAAAGCGGCAGACCGUGCCGCUGGCUGUGCAGCCUGCCAUGCCGCUAACCAUGCCGCUGACCGUGCCGCCGAUCGGACGACCCAUCUGCGUCAAAGUGCGCAACAGCGAAGAGAUAAAGGAAGCGCAGAUUGCCCUGGAUGACGCCGGGCAGACGGCGUACCUCACGCUGAGGCAGAAGGAUAUAGGACUCUCCCCCGGGCAGAUCGUCACCUUUUACCUCCCCUUCAUUGUUAAACGGAGUGGAAGAGCCAAGUAUUUGUAUUCCCUGCGGAGGAGGAAGGGGGAGGAGGCGCCCCCCUUUUUCCACUGCCUGGGGUCGGCGCGAAUUACAAACCAGUACUUGAACCGGGGGCUUUAUCGGCGACUGAUGGAGAUUCACAGGAGGAACAGCUUGCCGCUUUGGGGGCGAGACGCACGUGUUGAUUAG